ACGGCUCGGGACGAUUUAACUAUAUUCUCUCUGCACAUGUUUUGGACUCUGAUGUGGACCCACGGAGGAAUGCGCACUCGCUCCUGGCCACGGGCUGAACUUCAAGUGUUGAAGGUGUGAACUCCAAAUGCAUCCACUCCUCAGCCGGGAGAAGAAAGAAGAAGAAGAAGAAGACGAAGAAGAAGUGGGUUUUGGGGUCGGUUUUUUGCCCCACGCCGCGACCAUGUUUAGCUGCGUGGGAUGUUUUUGGGUGCUCCUGUCCUCUGCUCUUGUCGCGGUGUGUAGUUUUAGCUUCAUCUCACCCGCGUGGAUAGUGAAGGAGCAGCUGAGGAACAACCACCACCCUCAACACCACGGACACACUAACAAGGACUCAGUGAGCUUUGGGCUGCUGUGGCACUGCUCGGAGUCCCUGGAUCACAUGUACAGAUGCUACACCUUUGGAGGAUUGGGAAAAUUCGCGGAAAUUCCCUCCAGCUCCUGGCAGACCAGUGCGGUGCUGUGUUCGGGAGGCUGUGCUCUGCUGGCUGUCAGCUCCCUGUUGGCCAUCAUCACCAUCUUCCUGCCCAGUGGAGGCUGUGAGCGCCGGGCCUGCACUCUGGCCGGGUACAUGCAGAUGGCAGCAGUUUUCAUCAUGGCGGCUGGUCUGCUAGUUUACCCCUUCGGCCUGAACUCCACUCUGGUGCGGUCGUUUUGCGGAGACGCUGAUAUCUACUACGCCGGGGAGUGCCAGAUCGGCUGGGGCUACAUGCUGGCCAUUGUCGGGGUCAUGCUCACCGUUUUCUUGCCCUUUUUUGCCAAAUAUGCACCAAAAGAGCAGCUUUCUCCCACCCCCCUGCCCACACUGUUAUAG